AUGGCCGGACAGGAGCAUGUUGUUUCCAUGGAGGCACUUUUCAGUAGAGAAGCCGGUGAAACAAGCAGCAGCGUCACCGAGGACACUGAGUCAAACAGCAUUUCAAGCGAAACCACUACCCUGGAGGCAAAGAUUAAAACAGUAAUGGAGGCAAGAAAAAAUGUGACACUAUCCCCUGCACCAAAGAUACAAAAGGUUAUAUUCUUGCUGCGAGAUAACAAGGAUUUCAAUAUUCACUAUGAGCCAAGAGCAGUAUCACUUGGUCCUAUCCAUCAUGGUAAUGAGAAGUACAAGCUAGGAGAGAAGUACAAGCUUGUGUUGACAUAUGAAUUCGUCGAAGGUAGCGAAAAGAAGAUAAACUAUUUGUUCAAGAAGAUUGAAGAGAAGAUCAAGGAGCUGAAGGAGUGCUUCGAGGAGGAAGUGAUCAAAAGCUAUAAUGAUGAGGACCUCAUUUGGUUGUUGUUGGUGGACGGCUGUGCAACACUACAAUACAUAUACUGCGCAGCUAACGACAGAUUCGAGGAUUUGAAUAUAAAAACCGACAGCGUAGCCUUUACACAACAAGAUUUGUUUUUGCUUGAGAAUCAGCUUCCUUAUCGUCUGCUCAAAUGGUUGAUGAGCUGGAGUCAGAAAGAAGCUGAGUUGCAGAAAUCGAUUCACACUUACAUCGGUUGGCAUGCUACAUUCGUUAUCAUGCCGCAACAAGUAGGAAGUGAGAAAGAUCAGGAAAGCCGUCCUUCAAAGGAGAAGCAUGGAGAUGUAGAUGCCAUCCAUCUUCUCGAUCUUCUGAGGACACGUCUCUUGGAUAAGAAUCAACAAGUCAAGCAUAAGAAACGAAAUGGGAAUGGCCAAAUAACUUGGCCAUCCUAUCGCAAUGUUCAGGAGCUCCGAGCAGCAGGUAUUCAUGUGGAACGUAGUAAAAUGGAAAAUAGUUGCUUGAGAGACAUAUCUUUUACUACACUCGGUUGUUUGGGAUUCCUUUGGCUUCCUCCAAUAACUGUGGAUGACUCAACAAGGCCAAAGUUCUUGAACUUGAUAGCCUACGAGAUGUGUCUAGAUUUCCAAAAUGACUUUGCGAUCACCUCUUACAUAUCCUUCCUCGAUUCACUAAUCGAUGAGCCCAACGAUGUAAAGAUGCUAAGGAUAGCAGGAAUACUCUAUAAUUGUCUUGGCAGUGAUGAAGAAGUGGCUAGAGUCUUCAAUGAGAUAGGUACCGAUUUGGUGCCUAACAGCGAAAUAUAUAGGGAUGUCAGAGUUCAAAUUCAGAAGCACUACAAGAGCCAAUUGAUGACCUGGUUUGCUCAAGUCUAUCACGACUAUUUCAGCAGCCCCUGGACGUUCAUGGCUUUCUUUGGCGCAUUAUUGGCACUUGCUCUAACUGUCAUUCAGACUUGGUAUGCUGUCGACUCUCCUCCAGGACCCUGUGAUAACUUCUGCAAGAAUUUAACUCGAAACUAA